AUGAAAAUAAGAGAGGAAAGGAAAGAAAAAACCCUAAAAAGAAGUUGGGAGGGUAAGAUCGUCAACUCAAAAUAGAAUCGAUCGCUUAUUUAUAAACUACAAUUCACUCAUCACGCGAUUAGGGAAUCGAGGAAGAAACAAAAAGAAACAUGGCGGAUCAGCUAACGGAUGACCAGAUCUCCGAGUUUAAGGAAGCCUUCAGCCUAUUCGACAAGGACGGAGAUGGCUGCAUCACCACAAAAGAGCUCGGCACUGUCAUGAGAUCACUUGGUCAGAACCCAACUGAAGCUGAGCUCCAGGACAUGAUCAACGAGGUUGACGCUGACGGGAACGGAACAAUUGAUUUCCCUGAGUUCUUGAACCUCAUGGCCCGCAAGAUGAAAGACACUGAUUCUGAGGAAGAGCUUAAGGAAGCCUUCAGGGUUUUUGACAAGGACCAGAACGGUUUCAUCUCCGCCGCUGAGCUCCGUCACGUCAUGACUAAUCUUGGUGAGAAGCUCACUGACGAAGAAGUUGAUGAGAUGGUCCGAGAGGCUGACGUCGAUGGUGAUGGCCAGAUCAACUAUGAUGAGUUCGUCAAAGUUAUGAUGGCAAAUAAACUUCGGAAAUGCGCAACUAACAAGAAGAAGAAGACAAAGAAGAAGAAGACAAAGAAUGCAAAACAAAAUGAGAAACAAAUGAUCCGACAGAAACCCGCGGAUUCCGAAUCACACUGCAUUCCUGUUCCUAGCUGUAUGCUUCGCUUUUGCUACCGCCCUUCUUUCAGCUCAAUUCUAUAGCACUCGUAGCUGCUGCUCACGAUAUAACCUGAAACGAAGAGGAGUUAUUUAACAUUUUACCCAAAAAAAAAAAGAAACAAAGAGUAGCUGGGGAAAUGUUGUGUGUCUUAUUUAUCUUGCUCUCCAAAGAUGUAGUAGGCUAGUGAGUGGUGAAGCUGUUUGGCUUUGUCCUAACGGACAUCAGAGAACAAUUUUGGUGUAGCGAGUACCGCUUCUAAGCUCGGCUAGUUAAUGCAUUAAUUCUCGUUUGAGUAAUGGAUUUAGGUUUCUUA